AUGACCGUCAGCAGCAGGUUCACACCGCUUUCCAGUCAAAUGACUCGUUUCAGAGCUUUUCCGAAGCUCUCGAAAAUGCGCACAGCAAUAUCCACACCAUCACCGGGGGUUAUGGGCAAGAUCCGCACGGGAGCGAGUUACAUGGGCAUAUCUCUAUAUACAACGGCCAACCCUACGGCCUGGCUGGAACCGGCCGCUGUCGGUAGCGACCGAAAUAGAGCUACGUUCUGGGUCCCCUCGCCUGGAACAACUGAUGCCAACACUGGACUUCCACCAUUUUGGAAGAAUGAGAACGAGUUCUGGACCUCGAAUGAUGCUCAUCACACCGACGUCUUCGGUUACGCUUAUCCAGAAACCCAGUAUUGGGAAUUUGCAUCGGAUGAGGAAUGGAGAAGCAACGUUCGAGGCAUGAUUCAGAGUCUGUAUCCGAAUAGUGCUCGGUCAACUCUAGCCAAUGCUGUCGCAACCGGUAGCACCCUCACACACGUUGUUGACGAGGACAAAACAUUCACGGAUUGGGUUAUUCAUGUCACAGCGUCCGCAACGGAGAUGCCACCAAUUUUCAGAGCCAUGUUCUCAUUUGCUGGAGAUUUUUCUUCGGACGCAAGCACUGAGGUUGGCAUGUGGACGAGGAUGAUCGUCGACAGCCCUGAAGCCAGCGCAUGGAAAGCCCGUGAGGCUGAGCGAGAUAAGAAGCGCUUUAGCACAAUCGAUCAAGGCUUGACCAAUACCAUCGGCCUAACUUCGAGCCUGUUGGACCAAAUCACGGCUGGGAAGUUAGAGAGCCUCGACUCUGAAGCAGUGCUGCCGUAUCUCAAGGCGCAUCUGACGUGGCUUGUCUAUGCGGGAGUGGACGGCAAACGUAUGACACCCGCGCAGCUAGAUAGCUUCAGCGUUGAGAUUACCAGCACGAAGGUUCACAUUCCGAAUGAUCCUGCUCAACCGCUCGAUUAUAGCAAUACGACAUCGUAUCCUAUGGGUAGUUGA